UUUAGACAGAAGCCCAACAAAAUAAUCACAUUUAUUUCCAGAAGCUCUGCUUCGCCUUGGCGCUGGCCUCCUAUUCGACGACAAUGCAGUGAUUCACCGUGUUUAAUUCCAUACCAAAUCCUAGUAUUUCAUCUUCUCCCUCGCUGCUGAAAAAUCGUACAGAUAUGAAAUAAUCCAGAUCGUAGACCUUUUUAUCGUUAGUUAAUUCAUUCCAGAUCUUAAACAACCCUCUACAGCUCUUCUAUGAGCCCUAUAUAUAUUUUGAAGAUGAAUUGCAAGACCGAAAUGGAAACUGCAAUAGAAACCUCAAUACCUGAUCCGGAACCAAAACCUAAAGUCAUAUACCGGUGCAAGAAAUGCCGAAGAAUUGUUGCUUCGGCAGAACGAGUUGUUUCUCAUGAGCGCGGAGGUACUAAAAAAAGUAACAGCUGGAAAAGGGCGAGCGAUGGUGAUAGUGAACCAGAAUGCUCGUCUAUUUUUGUGGAACCCAUGAAGUGGAUGAAAACAUUGGAGGAAGGGAAUCUGCAAGCUAAGCUUCAUUGUUUGGGCUGCAAAGCACGAUUGGGGUGCUACAAUUGGGCAGGCAUUCAGUGCAAUUGUGGAGCAUGGGUUAACCCUGCGUUUCAGUUGCAUAAAAGCCGACUAGAUGAAUGUGUACUUGCUGAGUGAACACAUUGGUGCUAUACAAAUCCAGAGUCUAGACUCUAGACAAAAAUAAUGAAGCAUAUUAGUAAUGUGCAAUAAUAUUUUGAAGUCAUUGGAUCAUAGAAUCAGAAGUCAACUAUUUGUAGUGGUUCAGUCAGUUCUAGCUGCUUAGAAAUCG